GUGCAGGCGCUCUGCUACCGGGAGGGCUGCCGGCCCCGCGCCUGCGCGGUGCGAGGCCUCUCUCCCGGGUCUCGCUCGCGCGCGGGCUGCUCCCGGCGGAGUUGGCACCCGGGGUGAUUCUGGGACGAGGGCGGGGCCGGACACCGCCCUGCACACCUGAGGCCGGGUGCACGGAGCACGGCGGGUGGAGCCGCCACGCUGGAGUUGGAGCUGGAGUUCGGUGGGGCCGGAGGGCAGCGGCUCCUCCCAGCCGGCCCGGGCGCAGGGGAUGAGUCCGAAACCGUGGCCUCGGUGCGGAAAGGCCGUGCCCAGAGCGUGCUGCGCUGGUUCACCACCGUGGUGCUGUGUGCCGCCUUCCUGGGGCUGGGACUGAGUGUUGCUAUCCUGGGACCCACCUUUCCAGACUUGGCACGGAAUGUGAACAGAAACAUCAGCAGCCUGUCUCUGGUUUUUGUGGGCCGCGCCUCAGGAUAUCUCUGUGGCUCUAUGAUUGGAGGAGUCCUUUUUGAGUGUAUAAAUCAUUUUUUACUUUUGGGGGUGUCCCUUUCUGCUACCACAGUUGGUCUUUAUCUCAUGCCAUUCUGCAAGACAGCAGCCUUACUGAUUGUCAUGAUGUCUGUCUUCGGGGUUUCAAUGGGCAUUCUGGAUACAGGUGGGAACGUCCUCAUCUUGGCUCUUUGGGGGGACAAAGGAGCCCCACACAUGCAGGCCUUGCACUUCAGUUUCGCCUUGGGCGCCUUUCUGGCUCCCCUGCUGGCUAAGUUGGCCUGGGGUACAGCAGCAUCUGCUCAGAAUCACACCGAGUCCGACUUUAACUCUCUAGCGCUGAACCGAUCCUCCAAAGCCGCCUCAGACUCUGUGUUCGCGGUACCCGAUGACAUGAAUCUGCUGUGGACAUAUGCUUCUAUCGGCACCUACAUUUUAGUAGUCUCUGUCUUUCUGUUUGGUCUGUUUUGUAAGAAACAUUCAAGGCAGGAAAAGUCCGCAGCAUCUGCUCAGGGGGCUCGAAGGGCUAAGUAUCACUGGGCCCUGCUGUGCCUCCUCUUCCUCUUCUUCUUCUUCUAUGUGGGAGCCGAGGUGACCUAUGGCUCUUACGUGUUCUCCUUCGCCACCACCCACGUCGGCAUGGAAGAGAGCGAGGCAGCUGGCUUGAACUCCAUCUUCUGGGGGACCUUUGCAGCCUGCAGGGGCCUGGCCAUCUUCUUUGCGACGGUCUUACGGCCUGGAACCAUGAUCGUUCUGAGCAACAUAGGCAGCCUGGCCUCGUCUUUCUUUCUGGUGCUUUUUAACAAGAGCCGUCUCUGUCUCUGGAUCGCGACUUCUGUGUAUGGAGCCUCAAUGGCAGCCACGUUUCCCAGCGGCAUCUCCUGGAUUGAGCAGUACACCACCUUAACUGGGAAAUCUGCAGCAUUCUUUGUAAUUGGCGCUUCCCUGGGAGAAAUGGCCAUUCCUGCAGUCAUCGGAAUUCUUCAGGGACACUACCCGGAUCUGCCAGUGGUUCUGUACACGGGUCUGGGCUCAGCCAUAUUCACGGCUGUUCUAUUCCCUGUGAUGUAUAAAUUAGCCACCUUACCCCUGCAAUGCCAGCGCAAAGGAAGACGGAAGAGUGAGGACCAGAAAGCUUUGCUCUCCAGCUCUGAGCAACAUGACUGUGAGGAAGAGAAUGAGGAGGACGAUGCAGAAAAGUGGAAUGAGAUGGAUUUUGAAGUGGUCGAAAUGAGUGAUCCUGUACAGGAGUUUGCAGGGGAGAUGUCUAGAGAUACGCCGGAGCCCACAGCUGAGGGCUGCGGUCAGGUCCUUCCAGAUGCACUGAUUGUUGAGCCUUUGUCAGCCAGCAGCAGCAGUUCUCUUGUGAAUCACCAGGACAAACGGGAACAACACUCAGGACGAGUUACCGAAUGACUUACUGUGUGAUCGCCGCUCCUGAGGACACCACCUCAGAGCAGAUCUCUGGCUGACUUUCAGUAUGCUUUGGCACUUGAAAUUUGUGUCUGUUUACAGGCAGGUUUGAAAUUAUUGAAGUGCUUAGAGUUCUCAGUCUGUAAACUAUCAUUCGUUCUUGUGCACUAGGCUCUCGCUAGGACACUGUUUUGUUGUCUCCACCUUACAGAAGGCGUUGACAAGUGAAGAUCUGGGUGGUGUGCGGGGUCAAGGCUGUGGAGAACGAGCUGAUUGCAGAGCAGUGAGUGUGCGUCCACACCCUGAUGGGUGAGUUGUCAAAGGCCAUCUCUGGAGAUGGGAGGAUCUUUUUCUUUCUUUUCCCCUCUGUGUAGGGUUGAACUGAAACACGCUGCUGACGAUGUAUUCCUGUGAGUAGACACAUAGGCUAUGCUUUCUAGGAAUCUAGCUUCCUCCCUGACUGCAUGUUCAGCUCUGACAAAAACCGGGUUUAUUUUUGAUCUCCCGUGAUUCUAGAAAUGCAAGUGAGAUUAUUUUUAACUUUCAGGGUUUGUGUUUGUUUUGUUUCUUGAGUCUUACUUUAUAGUCCAGGCUGGCCUGGAAUUUACUAAGUAGGCCAGGUUGGCCUCUAACUCACCGUUCUGUCUCUGCCUCCUGAGUUUUGUGAUAGAGGCAUGUGCCACCAUGCAUGGUGAAACGUGUAAGUUUUAAAGUUGUAUAAUAUUUUUGCUAAAAUAGCCCAUUUGUUUCAAAUAUGUGAACCAAAAAUGACGGGUAGCCUGAUGAACAUGCUGGAGCUUGUGCAGUCCUGGAGUUUGUGGCAGGUGUGGUAUUUAGUGGCACUGCUGAGUUCAUUGAUCUACAACAUGCCCUGUCCCUUACACUCAAGAGUUGUCAUUUAGUAUUCUGAUAAACUCUAUUCUUGUUUCCCACAUAUUAAAAAAAAAAAAAAAAAAAAAAAAA